GAGCUCGGAUUCGCGCCGGCAUGACGGGCUCGCUGUUCAAGGGAAACUUCUGGAAUUCAGACAUCCUCAGCACCAUCGGCUAUGACAGUAUCCUCCAGCACCUGAACAACGGCCGCAAGAACUGCAAGGAGUUUGAGGAGUUUUUAAAAGAGAGGGCAGCGAUUGAAGAGAAAUAUGGCAAAGACUUGCUCAGCCUCUCGAGGAAGAAGCCGUGUGGCCAGUCUGAGAUCAACACGCUGAAGCGGGCCCUUGAUGUCUUCAAGCAGCAAGUCGACAAAGUGGCCCAAUGCCACAUCCAGCUUGCACAGACGCUAAGGGAGGAAGCCAGGAAGAUGGAAGAAUUUCGGGAGAAGCAAAAGCUGCAACGGAAAAAGACAGAGCUUGUGAUGGAUGCUAUCCAGAAACAGAAGUGCCUCCAGUUCAAGAAAACCAUGGAUGCUAAGAAGAACUAUGAGCAGAAAUGCCGGGACAAAGAUGAGGCAGAACUGGCUGUCAACCGGAGUGCCAACAUGGUGAACCCCAAGCAACAGGAGAAGCUUUUUGUGAAACUGGCAACUUCAAAGACUGCAGUAGAGGACUCGGAUAAAGCAUACAUGCAGCACAUCAAUGCACUGGACAGAGUCCGAGAGGAGUGGCAGAGUGAGCACAUCAAGGCCUGCGAGGUGUUUGAGGCACAAGAAUGUAUACGAAUAAACUUCUUACGGAAUGCACUUUGGCUCCAUGUGAAUCAGCUGUCACAGCAGUGUGUCACGAGUGACGAGAUGUACGAAAACGUCCGCAAGAGCCUGGAAAUGUGUAGCAUUGAGAAGGACAUUGAAUACUUUGUGAAUCAGCGUAAAACUGGGCAGACCCCACCAGCUCCCAUCAUGUAUGAGAAUUUCUACAGCCCCCAGAGGAACGCAGUCCCACCAGGAAAGCCAACAGGCCCUAACUUGGCAAGGAGAGGACCUCCCCCAAUUCCUAAAAGCUUACCAGAUGACCCCGAUUAUUCUCUGGUGGACGGCUAUAGUUUGCUCUAUCAGUAACAUCCGUGAAACAGCUUUUUACAGCAAGUGUGUUUAUGGCAUGGAAAAAUAUCUCCAGAGUCCUAGAAUGUA